CAGCCUCUUUCUUCCCAUCUUCUCUUAAAACAAUCUCUUAAACAAACACACUGUAAAUCUUCUUAUCUUUUUAUGCAUGUGAGUUUUUAGAUUUUCCUAAUUUACAAGAUUUUGGCUUCAUCCCAUCUCUGUAAUAUUCUUUUCUUUAAUAUAUUUUAUUUGGCUUAAAAAAAACAUAGCACACACCUUUUUUUUUAAACACAUGUAGUGUCCGUGAGACAAUAUUAUUCUUCUGGUUUCUUUCCUCUCUUUGAGUAACAUGUUUAUGGUUGUUGAGAGGUCUUUUUAUUUGCUUUUCUGUUGUUGUUGAGUGGUCUCUGAUUAACUAUUUAUAAUCAACACAACCACCCUCUUUCUCUUGCUUCUAACUUUCCCUUCAUAGAAAAAAAAAAAUAAAGUUAAAAAUGACUAUUGGAAGUGAUAGGAAGAAGAAGGCAAUUGUUGAAGAGAACGCACCUUUGUUACCCAAGACUCAAGAAAGUGAUGUUGGGCUUGAUGAAUUUAACGGAGCUUCAUUUUCUAGUGCUGUUUUCAAUUUGUCAACCACAAUUGUUGGUGCUGGAAUCAUGAGUUUACCUGCCUGUGUUAAAAAAUUGGGGAUAGUCCCUGGUCUUAUUGCCAUAAUCCUAUCAUCAUUAUUCACAGAAAAAUCAGUUGAUUUCAUGAUCAGAUUUUCAAGAGCAGGCAAUAUUUCUUCCUAUGGAAGUCUCAUGGGUGAUAGCUUUGGAAAAUAUGGGAGAGCUUUGGUCCAGAUAUGUAUUACAGUCAAUAAUAUUGGUGUUUUGAUUGUUUACAUGAUUAUUAUUGGUGAUAUAAUUUCUGGAACAUCUUCAAGUGGAGUACACCAUUAUGGUAUUCUUGAAGGAUGGUUUGGAGUUCAUUGGUGCACAGGGAGAACAUUUGUUCUUCUUUUUACAACACUUGUUGUAAUUGUACCUUUGACAAGCUUUAAAAGAAUUGAUUCGUUAAGAUAUACAUCUGCGUUAUCGGUUGGACUAGCAGGAGUUUAUCUUGUUAUUGUUGUAGGAAUCUCAAUUUUCAAAAUCAUAAGUGGAGGCAUGGUGAUUCCAAGACUCUUCCCAAUCAUUACUGAUGCAUCAUCAGUUUUCGAAUUGUUCACUACUUUUCCUGUACUUAUAAGCGCCUAUAUUUGUCACACCGUUGUUCACAGCAUAAAUAAUGAACUAAAGGAUUCGAAACAGAUGAGAGGGGUUGUGAAGACUUCUUUUGUUCUAUGUUGCUUAGUGUACUUAUUCACAAGCUUCUUUGGAUUCUUUCUAUUUGGAGAAGAAACUCUUGAUGAUGUUCUUGCCAAUUUUGAUACCGAUCUUGAUAUACCGUUCGGUUUUAUUCUCAAUGACAUUGUUCGCGUUAGCUACGCCGUACAUAUUGUGUUGAUAAUUCCAGUACUCUUCUACGCAGUGCGGAUCAACUUUGAUGGACUCUUGUUUUCUUCUUCAUCAACAAGAUCUUUGAAUGUUGAUAACUUCAGAUUUUUCUCUAUUACUUUUUCACUUGUUGCCAUUAUAUUCUUGGGAGCAAAUUUCAUUCCUAGCAUUUGGGAUAUUUUCCAAUUCAUUGGAGCAACUACUGCUAUUUGUAUAGCGUUUAUAUUUCCAGUUGCAAUCACUCUCAGGGACAAACACAACAUAGCAACUAAAACAGACAAGACUCUAUCAGUCUUUAUGAUAGUCAUUUCAGUAACGUCUAGUGCUGUGGCUAUAUACAGCAAUGUUUAUGCGUUGAUCAACAAGAAAUGAAGCUUACUGAUUUUCUUUAUAGUAUCUUGUACAAUUGUUUGAUUAAAGGAACAGAACAGAGUUUGCAGGGUUAUUGGCCAAAUGUGUAAAAUAAAAUCAAUUUUUUCUUGUUGAUUAAUAAACAAAGCUACCAUGUUUUUCAAAGUAUUUGAAGGUGAGUGGAGCUUUGGAUGUAGUUCUUUAUAAUAUGUUGGCAAUGGAGAGCUAUUAAACCUACCCCUUUUAGGAAGGAACUUUACUCGGUUCCCACCUAAUGGAGAGCUGUUAGUAGGGUUGAUCGGAUUUUGAUUGUUGAAGGGUGGUGGGACGACUGAGGCUGCGACUUAGUGGGAUCUCCCUAGAGAUGUUACUAAUCAGUGUCUUGUCAGUCUUAAUUAUGUUAAUCAGGUAUGAACCCCAAACCUUAUAUUUUCAAUAAAUUUUUCUCUUUAGGAAAUAAGGAUAAGAUAUAAAGUAAGUUUGCUAUGAUUUGACAUGUUGUAAUAUGGUCUAUCGGGAGAAGACGUAAUAAUAAAUUUUUCCCUUAUUUUUCAAAAACAUUAAAGAGGAUGAAAAGAGUUUUCUUUUUGGUUUGGAAUUGAUUUCUCUGCAGGUCAAUGGCAAACUCAUCUUCUUUUUCCGACUGUCUCCAGAAUUCUACCAUAUCUCAAUCAAUAGCGGAUCAAGAGUUCAUAUUUGUUUCAGAGGUUUCAGAGGUUGUUUUGUGGCUUUGGUUUUUCUUUUGGGAAUUAUAUUCUAUAGAUGGUAGUGUUUUCGGUCAAAGGUUUAUCCUGAUUCUAUGUUGUAAGAGCCUAUUGUUUGGAUGUUCCAUCCGAAGUGAUUUCUCCCUUUGUGUUUAUUUUUCUAGCUUUUGCUUUGUGCUUUGUAGUUUAUUGGGCUCUUUCUAUGUGGUUUGUAGUUUAUUGAGCA